AUGAGUUUCGGGACUUCUGACAGAGAACUAUACGAAGAAGAUGGAUACCCAACUCUCAUGUCAGGCUACAGGAUCAUCGAGGACCUGGGGGAAGGAUGCUUCGCCAAGGUUCAGCUGGCCGAAGCUAUUCGAUCCAAGAAGAAGGUCGCUUUGAAAAUGGUCAAUGUAAGUUCACUUUAUGGAUCUUAUAUAUGGUAUUACUUAAACUUUUUAGGUUUCAUUUGUUUUGUGUUCUUGAGUUUGUGUUUAGGUAACAGUCGAUGUUACUUUUAAUUUUUUGGGUUGUUUAGGUAACAAUGGGUAAAACCUUUUGAUAUUUAGUGUUAAACUAAUUGUUUGUGUAUGAUAUUUAGUUUAUUUUGGAAUUUUUAGUUACAGACACUAACUUCCUCACUUUUUAGUUGAACAACAUUGAAGACAAAGAAGUAAUGGCUUGUGCUCAAAAAGAAUACGAACUGGCGAGAAGGCUGCUGCGACAUAAGAACAUUGUACAGACUUUUACAACUUUUAAGAAUUUUGUAAGUUGUUUUUAGAUUUUUCUUUAAUUUUAUGAUGUUUUACAUGCCUUUGUCUAAAAUUAGUUUGCUUUUCUUGCUAUACUAUUGUAAAUUCGAUGUUGUUUGUAAAAUAUUGAUAUAAUUCCGAUGAUCAUGAUCAAUUAUUGCUCAAAAACACAACAGUAACAUGUAAGGUCUCAUUGUUUUAGGAGUCGAACACGUUGGUCAUGGUGAUGGAGUAUAUGCCAUGUGGAGAUCUGGAACAUUACAUUCACUCCGAAUUCCUUGGCGAGAACAAAUUGAUACCUGAAUUCAAAGUUUGGUACAUUUUUGAGCAGAUUGCUGGGGGCAUCGAGUUCAUGCACGAGAAGAAGAUUAUUCACAGGGGUAAGGACAGUAUUAAUAUUGCCGUAUGUUUUACGAUAUCCGUGGUUUGUUUGAUAUAAUUAUAAUUUGCCAUUGUUUAGGUUUUUUAUCUUAAGGUUGAGGAGAGCUUGCUUUUUGUUAAGAAAAACGUUAAAAAUAUAUUUUUAGAUUUAAAGCCAGCCAACUGUAUGAUCGGCGACGAAUUUGUGGUCAAAGUUGGAGAUUUCGGGUUGAGUAGAAUGCGAUCUGCUGCUACAAUAGAAGUGAAAACAGUUUGUGGCACACCAUACUACAUGUCACCAGAGAGGAUUCUACAGAGAGGCUACACAUAUGCAAGCGAUGUUUGGAGUUUAGGGUGUCUUUUGUAUGAGGUAGGUGUGGGAAGGGCGGAUAUUCUUUAGUUUUGUGCCUUCUUCAAUGAUAGUAACGGGCUUAUCACUGGGGCUAUACUUAACUAAGAUAGUGUGGAAAGCUCUUUUAUCUUAUUUUUAACUUUUUAUUUGAAUAAGGAGAAAAGGGGUAACUGUAAAUUGAGCUAAAUAAGCUUAUUAUAACAAUAAAACACCUUACUUUCAGCUAGCCACAGCCGUAUCACCCUUCUUUGGCGAACGACACAACAGUUACUCGUUAUCGAAGAAAGUAGAGACCGCCGACUAUCCACCAGUACCUGAAGAUUGCUAUUCUGUUAUGCUCAACGAUCUCAUCAAGGUUUGUCUGACGUCGGAGUUUGAGGAGCGACCAAGCUCACAUAUUGUACAUGAAUACAGCAAGAUCAUGGUCAACUACUUUAAGAAGCAUUGCAGAGAAAGGGCUUUAAGUCAGAGCUGUAAUAUGGAGGACUGA